AUGGACAGAGCAGCAUUUGGCGGCGGCGGAGGGAUGUACCCGUACGAGAAUGGAGUGGUGAUGACAAGAGACCCGAAGCCGCGGCUGAGGUGGACGGCGGAUCUUCACGAUCGUUUCGUUGAUGCUGUUACCAAGCUGGGUGGCCCUGAAAAGGCGACGCCCAAGUCAGUUUUGAGAUUGAUGGGGCUGAAAGGUUUGACAUUGUACCACUUGAAGAGUCAUUUACAGAAGUACAGGCUGGGACAACAUGCGAAGAAACACUGCGACAGCCCGGAACAGAGCACCAGAGAGAUUCAUACUCAUAAUGGAUCUUCUCCAUACAUACAUUUCAGCAACCAUUCCUCCGGUGGUGGAGCAGCGAGUACCGCUUCUUCCAUUUCGUCCAGAGAUGCUACUGAACCAGGAGAGCUCCAGAUCACGGAUGCAUUGAAAUCCCAGAUAGAGGUCCAGAAAAGACUACAAGAACAGCUUGAGGUGCAACAGAAGCUGCAGGUGAGAAUAGAGGCACAAGGGAAGUACUUGCAAGGGAUACUGGAGAAAGCACAGAAAAGCUUAACCAUGGCGAUGACAACGGGCAGUGGCGGCAAUGUGGACGUGGCGAGGGCCCAAUUAACCGACUUCAAUCUGGCCCUAUCCACCUUGAUUCACAACUUGAACUCGCCAUCAUCAGAAGUGGAAAGGAAACUCCGCGACUUACAGCAGCAGCAAGAAGAGGAAGUUGAUGGUAUGAAACAUCUGUACAUUAACACGAAGCCGCAUCAUCAUCACAUGAGUUUGGAAAGUAGCUUCCACGUGGACAGAUCAUCUGGGGCACUUGAAGAUGAGGAGAAUGAUCUCAAGUUGGAUAUGGAAGAUGGAGUCGGCGGAGUGCAUUUCGACUUGAAUGCCAAUGAUGGUGGUGGCGGCAUUAGUGGCUAUUCUAGCAGAAACACUCUUGUUUCUGCUAAUACCAACAGUAUUAGUAGUAGUCAUGGGUCUGAGUUGGAACUAAGGAUGCUGCCUUAUGGAUUAUAAUAUUCAAAAAUUUAUGAAGAUUGGAUGGAGAAUUGCAGGGAAAGUAGAGAUAAUUUAUAUUCCAAGAGCCAUCUAAUGCUAAUUGCAUAGUCCAACGUUCAUUCAUAUAUACUGUGAAGCAAUGCAGAGGUCAGACAGUGAAUCCGAGCUCUUACUCCUUCCUUCUAAGUUCUAACCCUCUUUUAUAUCAAUGUAUCUUACAGAACGAACCCUCUCUACAUGUAAUGUGUAUUCUUCCAGUAAUAUUU